AACACAAACACAAACAUAACACACAAUCACAAGUUCACAACACAAACUCUCUCUCUCUCUCUCUCUCUCUCUCUCUCUCUCUCUCUCCUGCUCUUCUUCCCUCGCCAGCUGUUUCUCUUGUUCCAAAUCCAAUCUACAAUUUCACAUCUCUCUCUUGGCUGUAGCUUAUUUUCCCAAUUCCCAAACACCCACCUCAUACAUUAUACAAUACAUACAAAGAUUCAUCCAGUCUUUAAAAUCUACCACAUUGAUGUCGGUUGGCUGAUCUAGCUCUCGAUCUGCUCGGCUCGAUUGCAUUCACACCCGUUGCUUCGAUCUGCACCGAUACAUAUCGUUGUGGUUGUGGUUGGAUUUUGAUUUAGAUCACAAUGACGGCAGAGGUGGAUAUGCACCGCGAUGCCUGUGAAUCUGAGGUGUCUAAAGGUGAGGUUUUGAAUGUGAAUGUGAAUGUGAACGUGAACGAGAACGAGAAUGAGAAUGGGAAUGGUAGUGUUAAUGGGAAUGGGAUUUCCAAGGACGACGCCGACUCCUCAUAUGUGUUUGUGACCGGAGGCGAUGCCAUCAUACCUGAGGAUCCUGUUGAGUCGUCUGAUCUCAACGGCAGGGUUCAAAAAAAUGGCAGCCUUCACAUGGAGGUCAAGGUGGGAGAGAGUGUUUCUUCUCAGGAGGAUACUCCCCAACCUCAUUCACCAAACAAGGCUGCCGACGGGGAGAUGACGAUUGAGGUUGCAGAGUCCAUUCCACAGAAUUCUCUUACAAAUUGUGAUAUUCAAAGUGAUGAAGAUCCGAAACUGGCCAAGGAGGUGCCCGUGGAAGAUGCUUCAAGGGAUCUCGGCCCAGAGUCGAAGCAUGAUUCAAUUCCAACUCCGCUUGAUAAGCAAGUUGUGAGUGAUCCUGUGUCCAAGGUAAUUGUGGACGGCUUGCCUGCUUGUCCUGCUCAUGAUAGUACUCCAGGAAAUCCAGCUGAACAAAAUGUAUCUUCUGAAAAUGGCCAAGCCUUGCCUGCCCCGGUCAUUUGUGAAAACGCCUCCUUCCAAGUUGAGAGCAAGUUGGCCGCAGAAGUUGGCAAUGGCACUGUCCCUGAUCAAAGUACUGAAGAUGGCUUGCUUAUUGUUCAUGCUCAAGAGGGCCUUUCAGAGCCCGUAGUUACAGUUGACUUGGUUGAUGCACCUGAUGAGAACGGGUCAUGUGAAAAUGCUGAGAGCUGUGAGAAAAUGCCUACUGAAAAUGGUGAAAGCUUUUCAACUGUUGCUGAUAAUGAUACAACAGGAAAUCCAGAUGUUGAAAACGAGGUUUCUCUACCUACUGAAGAUGUUUCAACUUGCGCUCUUGAUGAUGGGAUGGCAGGGACUGAUGCUGUAAACCUAAAUGAGAAGAGUAGUGAAAGCCCUAAUCCUUGCCUUCUUGAGCAUUCAAAAUCAGAAAUUGAAGCUGAGGGUGGGCCUGGUAUAGAGUAUACCUUGUCAAGUUUCCCAGUUAAUGAUGCAAUAUCAGAACCGAAUUCCAAAUUAGAAAUUGAACCUGAGAUUGUGCCCAUUGGGGAUGUUACUCUGUCAACUUGCCCAGAAAGUCAUGCAAUCUCCCAACCCAAUUUAAAAUCAGAAGUUGAACCUGAGACUGCGCCCAUUGUGGAUGAUACUCUGUCAAGUUGCCCAGCUAACACUGCAAUAUCAGAACCCAAAUCAAAAUCUGAAGUAGACAUUGAGAGUGUGCCAAUUGUGGAUGAUACUCUGUCAAGUUGCCCAGCUAAUACUGCAAUAUCAGAACCCAAAUCAAAAUGUGAAGUAGACUUUGAGAGUGUGCCAAUUGUGGAUGAAGCUCUGUCAAGUUGCCCAGCUAAUGAUGCAAUACCAGAACCCAAUUCAAAAUCAGAAGUUGAAUUUGAGAGUGCACCCAUUGUGAGUGAUACUCUGUCAAGUUGUCCAGCUAAUGAUGUGAUAUCAGAACCCAAGACCAGCCAGGAUGGUUGUGAAGAAAAUAUAUCAAAUGAUGCCGUAGAUGUAGAUUCUGGGUUGUCAAAUUUGGAGGUUGAAUGUGCUGCUAGCCCCCCUAUAUCUCUUGCUGAAAACAAUUCUAAUGAAGCUAGCUUGCCUGCUAAACCAGAUGCUGAUGACAAACCAGGGUCUGAAGUUCACAGUACAUCUGCUCUGAGAAGCAGAGAUGUUCCUGAAGAUGAUGGUACCACAUCUGAAUCCAGGAUUCUGAAUGACUCUUCUAAGGAGAGUGGCAGGCCACUAAAUUGCAACUUGGAUGAUGUACAAAUUGAUAGUGACGUUAAACCGACAUGUGAGGUCCCUAUAUCUCUUGCUGAAAACAAUUCUAAUGAAGCUAGCUUGCCUGCUAAACCAGAUGCUGAUGACAAACCAGGGUCUGAAGUUCACAGUACAUCUGCUCUGAGAAGCAGAGAUGUUCCUGAAGAUGAUGGUACCACAUCUGAAUCCAGGAUUCUGAAUGACUCUUCUAAGGAGAGUGGCAGGCCACUAAAUUGCAACUUGGAUGAUGUACAAAUUGAUAGUGACGUUAAACCGACAUGUGAGGUAGUGGAGUCCACUGACGGAAUUCAUAGAUCUGAAGCCUCGACAUCUUCCCAGGAAGUUUCCACUACUGAUGCUUUGGAAGGACAGAAUAAAGGUGCUGAGGUAGAAAAGAGGCCAUUCUACUUCUUGAUUAGGGUUCCAAGAUAUGAUGACGAAAAUUUGAAAGAACAGAUUAAACAAGCUCAGUUACACGUUGAAGAAAAAACUAAAAGCCGGGAUACUUUUCGUUCCAAAAUCCAAAUGGAAAGGGCCACUUGUAAGGAGUAUUUCGACAAUUUUGAAGCUGCUAGAUCUGAAGAGAGAGCUGCACGAGACCUGUUUAAGGCCAAACGCCAGGAAAUGGAUACUCUUCAAUUAAUGAUUAACAAAGUGAAGAAUGCCAUGUCUGUUGAGGAUAUGGAUAGCAAAAUACGCAAUAUGGAACAUACUAUGCAGCAUGAGACCCUGCCUUUGAAGGAAGAAAAGCAAUAUAUUCGCGAAAUCAAGCAAAUGAAGCAACUUCGUGAACAGCUCUCUUCUAGCCUGGGGAAGCAGGAUGAAGUUCAACAAGCGUUAGACCAGAAAGACCAUAUUGAAGAGCGCUCAAAGGUUCUGAGGAAGGAGAUGGAUCUACUCAGAAACAAUCUUCUGAAAGCAGAGACAGUCACCCAAGCUGCUAAAAAGAAAUUUAAUGAAGAAAACAAUAUGCUGAAUGAAUUACUUUCUCAGUUUAGAGCUGCAGAUGACAUUCGUCAAGAAGCUUACUCACAUUUACAGAGUUUGAGGAAACAACAAUAUGACAAGAACAAAUAUUUUUGGAGGUACAAGGAUGAUGCAAAGGUUGCUAAUAAUUUAGCAUUGAGUGGAGAUAGGGAAAAACUGCAACAUUUUUGUAUCAAUCAGGUGGAAACGAUUAUGGAACUCUGGAAUAAAAAUGAUGAUUUCCGUAAAGAAUAUGUCAGAUGCAACAACAGGAGUACACUGAGGAGAUUGAGAACCUCAGAUGGGCGCUCACUUGGUCCUGAUGAGGAGCCCCCUAUAAUACCUGAUAUUGUUAGAGCAACCAAGGAUAAUUUGGCAACAGUGCUUUCUACUCCUGAACAAGCAAAACGAGUUGCCCCUGUGGAAUCUGAAAAGCCAGAUGACAAAUCUGCAAAGAAGGUUGGUCAGCCAAAAAUUGAGAUAGCCAAAACCAAGAAGCCUGUGAAACCUGCUACAUCUGAAAUUAGCCCAGCAACUGCUUCUGGAAGAAAUGAGAUUGAAGAUGAAAAAGUAGAAGAACCUAAACUAACAAAGGAGGAAGAAGAGUUGGCCAGAAAGGCAGAGGAAUUGAGAAAGGAAGAAGCAGCAGCUAGGUUGAGAGAGCAGCGUAGGCUGGAGGAGAAGGCCAAAGCCAAGGAAGCACAAGAGAGGAAGAAAAGAAUAGCGGAGAAGGCCCAAGCCAGAGCUGCCAUAAGAGCACAGAAGGAAGCUGAGGAGAAAGAGAAGGAAAGGGAGAAGAGGGUGAAGAAGAAGGAAAGAAAGAAGGCAACUACAACAAAGGCCACAAAUGGUAUUAGUGAAGGAGAAUCUGCUCCAGAACCAAGCUCGGAAACCCCAACUGAAACUCCAGAGCAGUCUGAAACUAAAGAGAAACCUAUCACCGUAACAAAGAGGUCUCAGAAAUCAUCGCAGUUCACAAAGCAAACAAAGGUAAAAUCCAUCCCUCUGCCUCUUCGCAACCGCAGUAAGAGAAGGAUGCAGCCUUGGAUGUGGGUCCUCCUUACAGUUCUGGUUGUCUUGGCCUUGUUUUUCUUGGGCAAUGGCGGCAGCUCACAUUUUAAAUCUCUGCUUGAUAAGUUUUUCUGAAUACAUGCACGUAUUUAAGUAGGUAUUUAACAGAGUUUGUUGGGACAUUCCCAUAAUAUAUAGGCAAAUUCUUUUGUGCCCAUCUGGGGAUUUGUUUUCCUCUUGGUUUGCAUUUAAGUGGCUUUUUCUUUCACACACUGAUAUAGAUUGGUUUUCUUUAUAUAUGCGUGAAGAACAAAAUGUCAACCAAAAAAAA